AUGGAGGAAGAGAAGAAAGAAGAAAGUUUGGUGUUAAUAAAGCCGGAGAUACCUUCAGUCCCGGUACCCUUCGCGCAGGCGGUAAUGGACGUGCGCAUUUCGGACCAGUUCGUUCCCCCGCAGUUUAAAAUGUAUGACAACACCAUUGAUCCUGAGGCGCACAUCAAGUCAUUCACUAACACUAUGGCAUUCCGUACGGGAUGCGAUGCCAUAUGGUGUUGGGCGUUCUCAUUGUCCCUUGAAGGCGAAGCCUUGGAGUGGUUCAAUUCUCUCCCCAACGGCUCGGUGGAGAACUUUAAAAGCUUGAGUGGCAUGUUUAAUGAGCAGUUUGCCGCAUGCCGAGCGCAGGACGUCACCCUGGUCGACUUGAUGAAUCUGAAGCAGGGAAAGGAGGAACCACUCAAAACCUUUAUGGACCGGUUCACGAAGACAGUUCGACGGGUCAGAGGUUUGAGCCUGGAAAUGACCCUACAGUAUGUGAUGCCGGCCCUCAGGCCGGGACCAUUCAAAGAAAGCGUUUGUCGUACCCCACCUAAGACCCUAGAGGAACUACACCAGAGGGCGGCGGAUGAGGCCCGAGUGGAGGAGAUGAAGCAGAAUUACCGGAGAGAGGUUCAAGAGGCGAAGGACAGGGGCGAGGGGAAGCAGCAGGGACAAUCCCACCGUCCGGGUACUGCGAAGGGACGAGAGGGACCCAGAGGCCCCCGCUUUCCCAGUAUACCCCCCUAA